AUGUACACUUCAACCAUCGCCCUCGCUAUUGCUCCCCUUUUCCUCCUCGCCCACGCAGAUGUCAGUCUGGACCGCGAUGACAUCCCUCGUGCAUGCGACACCAUCUGUAACCCCAUCGUCGACUUGACCCGGGCUUGCGACACCGACCUCCGAGGAGACCGUGACCGCGACGAGGACCGUCUCGAGGCUCAAUGUGUCUGCACCAACGACUCCUUCAAUGUCGCUCGCGUCGCUUCUCUUUGCGCCGACUGCAUUCAUCAGAAUGCGCCUCGCGACAAUGAUGAUGAUGACGACGAUGACGAUGAUCGCCGUGACGAUACUAAGGACAUUGAUGAUAUCCUCUACACUUGCGGCUUUUCCUCUACUACUUACGUCGCUUCUGCCGCUUCAGCUGCUGUCUCGGGUGUCACUGUCGAUGCCACCCGUCCUACUGACGCCUCUCAAUUGACCACCACCAUCAUUGCUGGUGCUACUGGAACCCGAGGUAGCAGUGACCCUUCCAACACUGACAGCAGCGGCGGCAACGGUGGUAGCGGUGGUAGUGGCAGUGGAAGCAACAACGAUGCUUCUGCUACCAACGACGCUGCCAGCCCUGAUGAGACCAACGCUGCUGCUGCCAUGGCCCCUGCUGCAUUCGUCGGUGCUGCUGUCGGUGCUGCCAUGCUCCUUGUUUAA